AUGUCGAGCUGCUCGUUUCUUCAUAGCCCAAACGAUCCUAGUCCUUCAACCGACAUGAGCUUUACUGUAAGUUUGCCAAAAACUUUGCUUUUGUGGUUUUCUCAGUCUGUCGGGAAAAUAAUGAUCGCAAUGUCGCUGCGCAAAUAUAAUGUAUAUGUACCGCUCAAGUGGGAAAGAGAUGCAAUUUGACUUUCCAUAAUUCGUUUUAUUUGCGGCGAAUACGACAGGAUGCUCAUUAUUUUUCAGACGAGUGAUAUAGUAUAUAUAUAGGAGUAUAUGUAUAUAUAUAUAUAUCCUUUUUCCAUCUUUCAGCUAUCCCACGAAAUCAACAAGACAAUUAACCAACUUUCUCAGCUGAAAGUCGCCAUCGAUGAGGCUCGGCCAAUUUCCCGAGAGGUAACUUUCUUAUUGAAUGCAAAAUCUGUUCUUUCAGCCCGAUGUCAAAGCUCCAUUGACUUUUCUCGUCGCCAAGGAUGGAGUUUCGGAUUUUGGAGUAUUCGAAAGCAAUCUGCCCUCAAAAGCUGGGAACAUACAACAAGUUUUGUCAUGGGCAUACAUCACCAACAAAAAGAUGAGAAAGGAAUUUCCUGAAUAUCACAUCUUUGUGUGUGGGAAAUGGAAAGAUGGCAAAUGGGAGUACAUCAAAGAGACGGAGAUGGUGGACCAAGAAGCCCAAUAUGUUGCGAUAAUGACAAAAACGGAACAAAAAAGGGUGAGUAUUCUCGAAUUAAUCGCAUAAUAUUUGUUGUCAAAUCGGCAGACAUGUUCUGUCUAGGCUCUGUACCAGACCGUUUACAAAGUCGCUGUUCUGGGCUGUCGCUCGCAACCUGGAAAUAAAAUCUCGAUACUUAUAUGAAAAUUUCAGUGGCGAGUCAACGGAGCGACGUAUGCGUUGUCAACCACUUACAACAGUGUCAAUUGGCAAGUUUCCGUCCUGGCUACCAGUGUGUUUGCCAUGACGCCUAUUUUCGACAACAAUUGGAAACGUAUUCCUAGCCAGAAGGUUUGUUUUGUAGUCGUGAUAAUGUUUCUAUUUUUGCAAUUCGUCGUAUUCUGACAUUCUAGGAGCACAUUUACAACUGUGUUCGUCGAGCCAGAGGCCACGUUUCUUCCAUAACAGGAAAAGAUUGUACGACUUAUUUGGAGAUGUUUUUUGAAAGAAUGUUAUUGAAACCUACCUUAGCCAUGGUAACUGAGCUCAUCAAAGACGGCGAGUUUACCCGUCUGAAUGAUCUUUGUACGGUGGGAGAUGAGAUUCUCUAUGACGUAAAAAACAUUGAAAAUGCGGUAAAAAACAAAUUUGAUUUUGAAAUGCCUGACGAUCACGUUAAAGGCUGUGAAGUGAAAAAAGUAGAGGUAAGAGCCAAUAAAUUUCGCUGACAUAAAGUGGCGGACCUGAUCUAGCAGCAAAAAACGUACCAUUUUGCAUGCAGGAAGGAACCCAAAUGUCGCAAAAUACCUCCUUUCUCUACUUAUUGUAUUUUUUUUGCUUACAAAAAGUUUUUUUUUUGUUAGAGAAGGGAGGUUUGGCCACAUUUUGGUUCCUUUCUGGAUGUAAAAUGGUACGUUAUUUGCCAAUGGAUCAGGUUUGCUACUGUAUGAUAUUGCAUACUGAAUACGUAAUUUUUAGGGAAAAAUAUUGUGCCACUUCAUGCUCGACAUCGGCACUGACUGCAAGCUUGUUUCUCUAUUUGUAGAGACUGGAAGCGAUUUCCUUAAUGUGCUACCUGAACUGUCUGUUAAGUUUGGCAUUCCCAUGACUGUACUUGGAUGCCGUAGAGUCCAUUUCUACGACGACGAUAUGAUUGUCACCAAGUUUGCUGAUGAUAUUCGGGAAUUGGAAGAAUUUGCCGGCUAUCUGAUCGAAUGA